UACUUGAAAAAGAGGCAAAAUUUCUGUACCGGUGCCAAAGUCACAACGCCAUGGGCGUGAAUGAUGUUCAAAGGGAUAUGUAGUGGGAACAUUUUUCUUUGAGGUGUUUACAUUGUUAUCGGAAUGUGUCUCAGGAAUUAUGAAGCUGCAUUCUGGAUCACGUUUAGUACUGGCUGAGGAGCUUGAAGAAGUAGGAACAGGUAGCGGUGACUUGGAACCAUGGAGGAACAAACUAGGAACAGAGCCGGAUUUAAGUCUUUUAUUUGUAUAAUAACAACUUCUCUCAAAGUGUUUACCACAAAGGUAAAAGAUUCAUGUUGGGGUACCUACUUGUAGCAUUAAAAACCUUUUUGGACCACAACCUUUCGUUCGCAGUGUUUGAAGGGAAUCUGCGCAUUAUUUUGUGGUCUCUAGGAUCCUUGAUUACCCCACAAGCAGCCACAGAGCAAUAUUUUUUGAACAUUUUGAUAAUAGCAAUUCAAGCACAAACUGUUUUGGAGCGUGACAAAACGGAUUAAUUACAGGUUCCUAUAACUCCCGAAGGGGGUGACAUCUUUUGAUAUUUUCCCUUUUGACAAGUCGGACGAUUGUAACCAAUUGGAGAGACUUUAAUAGUGAAUCAACGAAGACGACGGACUGAACCAACCACCAUCAACCUAAAUAUCUCAUUUGAAUAUUUUGACAGGGAUUUUGUGAUUUAACUACUAUUCUAACCAUUUUUUUAACUUUCAAUUUCAACUGCUUUCAACCAAAGUGGCUGUUCUGUGAAGAACCAAAAUAACCAAAGUGUGGUCUGUGGACAUCAUGUAACGAGCGUUGAAUGGGGAAUCUAUUAUGUAUAAUCGGAAUGUAAUCGAAAAAUGCCCAUAAAUCCUUAAUAAUAAGUAAUUAGAAUUACGUAAAUCGCUAACGAAAUGACGUAGCUUCAUCGCCAGGAGCAAUUCUUUUCUAUUUUCACACAUUAAAGGCUUUCAGCGAACAAUGCAAAAUUUGGCUAUAUUUGAUUUCGACCAUACAAUUCUAGACGAUAAUUCUGAUACAGCCAUUCUUGAACUCGUCGACAAAAAUGAAAUUCCACAAGAAAUAAAGAACAUACAAUUUACAGAUGGUUGGACGGCUUUUAUGCAGGCUAUAUUUACCUACAUGUAUGAAAAAGGUGUGACUGUAGAGCAGAUAUUAAGUCACGUCCAAAGUUUGCAACCCGUUGGUGGAAUGGUUGAUCUCAUCAGGAACCUAAAGAUGAAACUGAACUAUGACUUGGUGGUGGUCAGCGAUUCAAACUCGGUUUUUAUUAAGACAUGGUUGGAGAAACACAAACUAGAAACGUGCUUUACUGAAAUCUUCACCAAUCCAACUAAAAUUGUUGGAGGUAUGUUUCAAAUAUCUCCGUAUGAUGAUCAAGAUGUGUGUAAGCUGAGCACCCGGAAUUUAUGCAAAGGCAAGGUAUUGGACGAGUUUAUUAAAAGCCAGCAGGAAAACGGUAUAUUCUAUAACAAACUUGUAUACGUUGGGGAUGGAUCGAACGAUUUUUGUCCCAUUUUGCGUUUAAAAGAGAAUGAUUUGGCUUGUGUUAGGAACAACUACAAGUUAUUGGAUCUUGUACAAAAGGCAAAAAGGGGUAAAUAUGUAGACAAUGCAGGGAAGCCGUACAUGAUAAAGUCACUGGUGUGUAUUUGGAACACCGCCGACGACAUCGCCGAUUUCCUGCUUUCAAAAAAUUGAGGCAGUAUUAUUAAUUAUUUUAUUUAGUUACAACUUUUAAUUACAUUGGCACCUAAUACUUAGCAGCCACCACUUCUCAUUCAACAAAUAAAAUUAUUUACAUUCAUUUAAAUAGAAAUUGUCGCUUAAUUCUAUUGUGACUAUGUUGCAAAUAAAUGAUCAAAAAUUA